AUGCUCAGCUGGGCUCGGACCUGGAGGCUCCCCCAUGGGGGGCUCGAGCUCCCCGGAAUCUACUUUUCCAGGGUGCCCGUCGCGCCCAGCAGCAGCAGCGGCCGGAGCGGCGCCAAGCCGAGGAGAUCGGUGCCGCUUUCCUACAAUCUUCUGGAUGGGGAGGCGGGCCACCCAGCCCUCGUCUUUCUGCACGGGCUCUUCGGCAGCAAAACCAACUUCAAGUCUAUCGCCAAGGCCCUGGCUCAGCAGACAGGCCGGAGGGUGCUGACAGUGGAUGCCCGGAACCACGGUGACAGCCCCCACAGCCCAGACAUGAGCUACGAGGCCAUGAUCCAGGACCUGCAGGACCUCCUGCCCCAGCUGGGCCUAGCGCCCUGUGUCCUCAUUGGCCACAGCAUGGGAGGCAAGACAGCCAUGUUGCUGGCACUGCAGAGGCCGGAGCUGGUGGAACGUCUGGUUGCCGUGGACAUCAGCCCAGUGAACACUAUAACCAGCUCGAACUUUCCAGCCUACAUGGCAGCCAUGAAGGCCAUAGACAUCCCAGAGAAGAUGUCCCGCUCCUCCGCCCGCAGACUGGCCGAUAAAAAGCUCAGCUCUCAUAUUCAGGACGCGGCCGUGCGGGAGUUCCUGCUCACCAACCUGGUGGAGGCAGACGGGCGCUUUGUGUGGAGAGUGAACUUGGAUGCCUUGGCCCAGCAUGUGGAUGAGAUCUUGGCCUUCCCGCCACAACAAGAGUCCUACCCUGGGCCUACCCUCUUCCUCCUCGGUGGAAAGUCUGACUUCGUGCAUCCCAGUCACCACCCUGAGAUUCAGCGACUCUUCCCUGGGGCCCAGAUACAGAUCGUGCCGGAUGCCGGGCACUGGGUCCACGCUGACCGCCCACAUGACUUCAUGGCUGCCAUCCGAAGCUUCCUGGCCUGA